CACGACGAAGUGACGGAAGAGGAGCGACUCUACUCGUGGAGUGUUGGAUUGUUAACUCUGUGAUAUUUUCGGAAUCCCGUGUGCCUGUCAGGAAAAUUUGGAGGACCUGUAAGAAGGGUUUGCUGUUUGCUAUGUAUUUGUGCAGGUACUGCGUCUUUUGUGGGCUACACUCGGUUUGUACUGACCAGGAGCGUUACGUGCAACACAUCGCCAUGCGUUAAGGCAGCUCAGCGAACGCAGAUUUAGCUGUUUUGGAAAGGAAAUAAACAUGAUACGAAAGGACAAAUUGGGUCAAAGAUGGAUUUAACCCAGUUAAAUCUGUCGGUGGGAAACGUUUCCAAGGAUGAGAACACCACGGACGCACCGCUUGGCUUACCACACACGGAGGCAGCCACUGCGCUCAUCAUCCUGGUGGUUACUGUCAUCAUUUCGGUGACCAUUGUCGGUAACGUCUUGGUGAUUGUAGCAGUGCUGACCAGCCGGGCUCUCCGUGCGCCCCAGAACCUUUUCCUGGUCUCUCUAGCAUCAGCGGACAUCCUGGUGGCCACCUUGGUCAUCCCCUUCUCCCUCGCCAAUGAGGUCAUGGGCUACUGGUACUUUGGAAGUACUUGGUGCGCCUUUUAUCUUGCUCUUGACGUGUUGUUCUGCACCUCAUCCAUCGUGCACCUGUGCGCCAUCAGCCUGGACCGCUACUGGUCAGUAACAAAGGCGGUCAGCUACAACCUGAAGCGGACACCUAAGCGCAUCAAGUCCAUGAUCGUUAUAGUCUGGGUAAUAUCUGCUGUCAUCUCCUUUCCUCCUCUUCUCAUGACCAAACAUGAUGAACGGGAGUGUCUGCUGAACGAUGAGACCUGGUACAUCCUCUCCUCCUGCAUGGUGUCCUUCUUCGCUCCGGGUCUCAUCAUGAUUCUAGUUUACUGUAAGAUCUAUAAGGUUGCCAAGCAGCGCUCCUCCACCGUGUUCGUGGCCAAGAACGGUCUGGAGAGGCAGCCCUCUCAGUCCGAGACGUGUUUCGUCAGGAAGGACCGGUUGGAGACGGAGAGCCCCAGCAGCCAGAGCUCCGGCAGCCACCAGCAGAGGCAGGGGGAGCUGGAUGACAUCGACCUGGAGGAGAGCUGCAGUCCGUCGGAUACUAAACCCCGCAAUCAUCGCUUCAACAAGCGGAGAAAGGUGGAGGGGUCAGAGUGCUGCCCUCCUCAGAACUGUCGUCUCUCCUGGGCUUCAGCCCGGGCGUCGCAGCCCUACCCGGAGCAGAAGAACCCAGCUGGGCGACAACAGCUGGCCGCUGCCAACAAGACCAAAGUGGCUCAGAUGCGGGAGAAACGUUUCACCUUCGUUUUGGCAGUAGUGAUGGGGGUGUUUGUGCUUUGUUGGUUCCCCUUUUUCUUUACGUACAGCCUGCAUGCUAUCUGCAGAGAAAGCUGUUACAUCCCUGGUGCACUUUUCAACCUUUUCUUUUGGAUUGGCUACUGCAACAGUUCUGUGAACCCCAUAAUAUACACUAUUUUCAACAGAGAUUUCAGGAAAUCCUUCAAGAAAAUCAUAUGUAGAACUUCUAAACGCACGUAAACAAAAGGAAUCUGUUCUAACUCAAUGCUGGGAAGGGAUUAUAUUAUUAGAGCUCAUUCUUCUUGACUGUCUGUUUUCCCUCCCCAAAUUCAUUUUAAUGUAACUAAUAUUGAAAAAUAAAUACCCAGUGUUGUUUUAAAAGUCUAAAUAAAAUGUCAAUUUCAGCAAAACAUUAUUAUAAUAUUUUUCAGUGUUGCAGAAUUGAUGCAAGCAUCAAACAUGGUCAGUUGUUCAAUCAUUAGAUGCAUUUAUGCCACACAAUUAUAAUAUAUAGGUAAUAAGUCCUGCCAACAUUCACCUUUGUAGCAAGCAGGGGGAAAGAACUACUUCAGGGUAACAUUUAAGUGAAUUUGUAGAUUAUGAUGUAUGAUUCCAGUGCUGGCGGCUGAUUCACAGUAGGUGUUUUGUGUAAGAUAAAAAGAAGAUUAAUCUCCACCAUCUAUAAAUUAUGAGCAUGGGGAUAAGCAGGCAAGCAGCAUGCUGUGAGUGUGGCUAUAGAUAAACUGAUUUAAGUGUAUUAUCAUGUGUAGAAUGUGGAAGAAAUGUUCGGUAUUUUGGACACAUUUGUUUAUGCUUGCUGCUGUCAAAGCUACAGCAAGACCAUAUCUUAUUAAUGAACCCCCAAACCUAGAUAAGAGUCAAAUAUCCCCCCCACCGCACCAUCACACCACCUCACACUGGAACACCUCACAGUACCUCAGUAAUGUGUCAAUAAGCAUGGGUUAUAUAGUCCAAUUUCAUUGUGCAUAAAAACUAAAAUUGUCUUACAAAUAAAAUGCUACUGGCAAGGUUGGAAAAAAUGAAUUCCAAUAGAUUUGACUGGCUGUGACAUUCCUCAGUCUGUCAUCCUUUGCUCUAAGCUGUAUUAUCCUGUGAAAAGUCCUACAAAUGAUGACUUCAACCAAAAGUUUAAAGUAAUACAUGUUGUGGUUAGGGUAUAUUUGUACAGCACAGCAAUGUUUCCCAUAUGGGCUCAAACUGUGGUUGCUUCAUGAUGCAUGCAGGAUUUAAAGUGUAUGUGAAAAUGUAUAUUUGAUGAAACUUGCAUGAGAAGUUCCUGCGCUUUUCUGCAAAUACUCUGGUGAGUGAGAAGAAUGCUGAUCAGCCUAUUGUCUGCAGGGGGAUACUGGGGAUAGAGACACUAUUUAUAUACUCUUAGGAAUGUCUUCAAAGCAAUCCUAAGGCUCACUGGCGCCUUGCCAAAGAUAAUCACCCUGUUUGAGGGGUGUUUUACUUAAAAGGAAUUUUCUUUUUAAGUUUAAUGAAAUGGUUUUUUGGGAGGUGUGGACAUAUUCAUGAGGGAGUUGUUAUCAUAAAGGGAAAGAAAAGCGAAGAUGGUUGCGCAUUUCUUUUUCCUCCUGACGUGCCGCACCAUUUUAUUCAUGAACAUAAUUAGACAGUCUGAGAGAAGUGCGGCUGGUGAGAGGAAAUAACCUUUAUCUCAUAGGGAUUGACAAACUCUUGAAACAAAUGAAAUGUCUGGGUCGAAUCACACUCACAGGAGGCGGUGGAAUUAACUCUGUGUCUUCAUCUUGAAGAAUUACUGGGUUGAAAGUGAUGUUAAUUGGGACAUGUGUAACUGAAUGUUGUUGUGUACAUGUUGUAUAAUUUAGAUUCUCUAGACAGCACAACCAUCGCUCUUAAAGCCUGUUGCAUUAUCCGAGGAGGAAAUAUUUCCAUGAGCACUCCGUAGAAUUCUUCCUGAUUACUAUCCGACAAGACGUACAACUCCCUUGUUGAAUCUCACUUCCUAAUUAAAUUAUCUUUCUAAUCAUCUGCUCUGUUGCAGAAAUAAUGGAGCCCAAUGCUUUUGAUCAGCUGUUAGUGCUUUCUGUUACUUUCAGUCAUGUGAACACUCUGCAGACAUGUCUCCUCACACGGUUUGAUUUGUUAAAUCUAUUGAAUCCAAAUUGAGAGACUUAACAUGUAGAGCAGCUAGGCCUGUUAUAUUAUGUUUAUUUUCAUAAACUUUCACACAAGAUUAAACACGUGUCCCUAACAAUGCCUCAUUAUUCAUGAGAUAAAUGCUCGGCUAAUUGCAUUUGUAUUCAAGACAAAAUGAGUGUUGUUUGUUGAUUUGGAGGCCUCCCCUACCGAGCCUUUCGUUUAUCCCACACUGUACUUGGAGACUACUUCAGGAAUAGAAGCAGAGCUGGGACGACCCUCAACCUCUCACAUCUUCCUCUAAAGGCUUAAUGAGAGCAUCAGACCAACUGGACAGUCAACACAUUUCCUUAUAUAUGCUAUAUAUAUGCUGAAGGGAAAGUUUUAUUUGGGCUUUUUUUUAAAGCGGAGACAGAGUGGACAGUCAGAGCCGGCUGUCAGGGCUGCUUAGGGUCAGAAGUGAGGAAAAGGCUUUUUGCAGUCCGAAUAGUCCAAACGAGAAAUGCUUUAUGUUUCAAAUGGGUGAAGCAUCUUAGCACGAAAUAGACAGAACGAUGCAGCAGCUUGUUGUCCAUCUGCUACGCUACAUUGUUUGUCAGGCACAAUGCUGCAUCUGUAGGUAAUUGCUUUUUUCAAUUGUCUCUAACAAGAUAAGGGUUGGAGGCGAGCAAUGCCAUAAGUGCCGUCAAUCCCGGUUGGCCGUGCAUCUGGAGAAGAAGAGCUGGUGUCGUAGCAAGGGUGGGAUUGAGUUUACUGACUCUGUACCGUUUUUAGCACAAAACAACCAGGUGUAAAACACUUUGAGGUGUAAAGGGAAAUAGAGAACUCUGUGUAUCUCUGCAUGCACACGUGUGUAUCCUCCAUGCCUCUUAAAAGAUCAUACAAGUAGAUAUAAUAGUAGAUUUACCAUGACAUUUUUAUUUCUUUAUUUCUAUUUCUAAAAAAUAUAUAUAUAAAACUGCAGCUUUAAAGGAAACGUUGGGAGAUAUUUAUACAAUGAGCAGAUCAAAAUCAAUCAUGAUUUAACUUUCUGUGUAUCCAGAUUUGUCUUAUUCCUCUGUACCAUAGAGCUCCACUGUUGUCCAAAAGAUAUUAAAAACACACCUGUGAGCCACACUGUUGCAUUGGGUGACAUUGUUCUUCAUCAUUGUGGUCCACCGUAGUUUCAAUGCCACACACGUCAUCAUGCUGCAGUAAAUACUCAGCAACAUAUCAAAUCCACAGCUGACUAAACAUAAUUUACUCCUGCGCGAGUAACAUUUGCUAAAAGCUACAUCUGUUUAAGUAUUUCUUUUAAACUGACCUGUGACCUGUUUGUUUUAGGAUUCAUGGCUUUAGUAGGAACAAAUGGUCUUGGGAUUGGGAGCCACAGACAGACUGGGGAAUGCAGAAAUGAUUAAGAGAUGGACGACUGCAUUGUUGGUUUUACUCUUAUUUUCUUUUAUUGAAUAUGUUGUCAAAAAUUGAGAUAUAUAAUUUUGCCCUUGUCCUUUAAAAGUGAAGAAAUCUGUAUGAAAGUAGACCAACAAGCUGACUGAACAAAAAACUCUUGUUUGGGUUGAAACAUUUGAUUAUGCUUCGUGGCUGUCACUUUCAAACAAAAGUAUAUUUAACCAUCGUCUGUUCUUGUAACUGAAGAAAACUAUUUUGGGGCGUAACCGAUGAUUUCAGUUGUGUUGGAAAACUUUUAGACCCUCGAAGCGCAACUAGAAUAUUUAAUCUACAGAUUGAUUUCCUCUGUUGUUCGGUUGCUUGUAAUACAUUAGAUUCAAACAUAGUUAUGAAAGUAAAGGGUAGUUAUUCAAAGAGAGAUGUGGCUAUGUAUGUUUACCAUUUAUUUUCAUUCCUCAAUGAGUGUUGUAUGUUUGUUUGAAAAAAAUAAUUUGUAUGCAGAGAAGUUUCCCUCCAAACUCAUUCCACUUUAUAUUCAAAUCUUUGCAGUUUCAAAGGAUUCACCAUUCCUCUACUACAAACAGAAAUGAACAUUCAAGACUUUUUUGCAGCUUGAUGAAAGCCUCAAAGACCACACAAAACAGAUUGUACCGUACAGAAGAACAUAUGUAAGGUGGACAAUUUGGGUUCUGUUUUUCCUGAACAUUGUAUUGCUGUUGUUCGUCUUUACACAUCAGUGGAUAUAUUGUAUUCAUCCCUACACACUGUAGUUUAUAAAUUGAAUGUGUUUCCUCAGUGAUAUAAAACAUUUUUUUGUUUCUACCGGCAAUUCACAGGCAAUAUUUAAAUCCAAAAUAAACUGAUUCAUUUUCUA